AUGUGGAACAAGCCAAUUGAGCCUGGCUCAAUCCCCUCGAUAGUGACACAAAUUACAUUUGGCGAACGGUUUAACCAACAUAUCCCACUUGGAGCAUUACCACCAUCCUUGACAGCACUGAAAUUUGGACACUCUUUCAAUCGACCAAUUGCCCCUGGAGCCAUUCCAUCGUCUGUCACCAAAUUGAAGUUUGGAAAUAUGUUUGACCAAGUAAUCAUUCCUGGAUGCCUCCCUUCUGGGCUCAAAUCUCUGGACUUUGGUGAUUGCUUCGAUACUCAGCUCCCAGUUGGCUGCUUGCCUCCCUCCUUGGAAUCAUUGUUUCUUUAUUAUGCCAUAUAUAACCACCCAAUCCUUCCUGGACUCUUGCCCAUGUCCCUAACUCAACUUGCACUCCCCCAUCACAAACAUGAGAUCCAGCCCGGAGUUAUCCCAUCCUCAGUAACCUCUUUAUGGCUCGAUACCAAAUUAAUUCUCUCCCAGGGAGUUAUACCCGACUCAGUAUUGAAGUUAUGUUUUCAUUUAGGACCUCAUUCCACCUCAUUAUAUAUUCCGUCAUCUGUUACUGAUCUUUCGCUUCAAUACCCAGAAUUCUUCAGGGCUCCUAAAAGUGGAUAUAAAUGGAUACCCAUACCCUUGACAGUGAAGCGUUUAGUAAUAUCAUGUAGCCAACCAAUCACUCCUGGAUCAAUUCCACAAUCAGUCACCAAACUAAAGAUCAUUGGUGGGUACAAUCUCCCUAUCAUGCCCAUGGUUAUUCCGUUAUCGGUUACAUCAUUAGCAUUUGGAGAUUCAUUCACCCAACCAAUCAGGUCUGGGGACAUUCCAUCGACAGUCACAAAGUUGUCAGUUGGAUUCAAUCUCAAACGGUUGCUGACACCCAAUAAUGUUCAGUCAUCCUACCAAAGCUAUUGGAAUGGGGACACACCCCAACGUCAUCUUGGUGAUCUGAUCAACGCUACAUCAAUUGACUACUUGAUAAUCAAUCAAACAAUAUGUCAAGUAGGUUUUUCAGCCAAACCAUCCGAUCAAACAAGGAAAGUCAACACUGUUAGAAUUGUAAUCCCUGACCCUGAGACCGGAAUUCCCUUUGAGGAACGCAAAGUCAAGACUCUACCAUCUGCAUCCAGCCUUUUUAAUAAGUUCAAGGCUAAAUAUGACUUGAGGUGUUACUUUGGUAUUGCUCACAACAACAUAUACAUAUUUGAUUUUGGUCGAAUUGGAACAACAUCAGUGCAUUGCAGACAACUGGACAAUCAAUCAAUCUUGGUAGAUUGUGCGGAUUAUUUUGGAUCGGUCUCACUUAACAAU